AUGCUUCUGAGGCCGUACGGUCGGGUGGACCUCCUCUCCGUCAGCACCGACAGCACCACCUGGUUCCUGAACAGAAGUUUCCUCACCACCCCGUCUCCCCCGCAGUAUUUCCCUGCUCCUCCUGAGCCGGGCCGCAGAGAAAAGUGCUCUAAGAUGACGGGAUAUCUGAAGAGCAGCAACACAUGGCUCAAUAUUCAUACAAAGUGUGAUUACUGUAAAAUAAACGUGUGCAGUAAUGGUGGAACCUGUGUGAUCGGGGCAGGAGUUCCGUUCAUCUGCAUCUGCCAUGAUGGCUUCUCUGGAGACACCUGCAAUGAGACUGAGACUGGGCCCUGCCACCCCAACCCGUGCAAGAAUGAUGGCACCUGCGAGUUGACGGGCCAAACCCGCCGCGGGGACGUCUUCAGCGAGUACGUCUGCCAGUGCCCGCCGGGCUUUGACGGAGUCCACUGCCAGACUAGUGUCGAAGGGGCAGAGUUAAGUUCGAGAAAAGACGUGAACGACUGCGCCGCCCAGCCAUGCAAGAACGGAGGCACCUGCAGGGACCUGGAGGGAGACUUCAAAUGCCACUGCCCGUCCCCUUAUGUGGGCAAACAAUGCCAACUGCGCUGCAUCUCUCUGCUGGGCAUGGAGGGGGGUGGCAUCGCUGAGUCCCAGAUCUCCGCCUCCUCAGUGCGGUACAGCAUGCUGGGUCUGCAGCGCUGGGGGUCCGAGCUCGCCCGCCUGCACAACAAGGGGAUCGUGAACGCCUGGAGCGCCGCCGCACACGACAAGAACCCAUGGAUUCAGNAGUGCUGA